UAGUGAUGAAGUAGAUACAUUGGAAGUGGACAGAGUAGGCGGUGAGCUGAUAGCGCGCCUUUUAAGUGACAAGCGAGGGCAGAAUUGCCCACCCGUGAAUGAAAACAGUCAUCUCGAAGAAAUGCGAAGAAGGCUGAGGAAAGCAGACGAAGGUUGAGAACUUUGACUACGAUCUUUCUAUGAGGUCAUGUAUGGUUCAUGUAUGGUUUACAUCUUGAAUGGGGAUGCUAAAAUUCAUUCGCGCCCCGAUGAUCCUGAUAAUCAUCCCUAUCUCGUUCUCGCUAUCGCUUCAAGGAUGGUGACAGGGUAGACAGGGUAUUAUGAAAGUCAACAAAGAAUAAAUUUCACUUCCGAGUACAGCCAAAACCCUAUAGGCAGACUGUUGUGUUUUUUUCUUGUAUUUCAGGCCAAGACUUUGGUACUGUAUCGUCAGUUGAGCUUCUGGCCGAAAGAAUAGCACUUUUUAUCUAAUCGCUACAGUAUUUCUUAUUUUUGGCUGCCCAGAUGAUUGGGUCAUUUUUCAAGGCUAUGUCCCUGACUCGCUUUCUCCUCCAUCCAGAACAGGACACCACCUGGUGGAUGUUUAACACAGUGUCAAGUUGAGCCGAUUCUCUAUUCCUCAUUUUGUCUUUCAAUAACUUAGAUGACUGACCCCUUUUGAAAAUCUGAUUAGACGCAGCCUUUGUUUCCAGAUUGGUCUUGAUCCAAGAUGCAUCACGUGCAGCAUUAGUAACACACCGACUCCAGGUUUACGGCUGGGACAUUUCCGCUAGCCGCAACCCCGCAAUGUCUGGAAUUCAACGUGGAAUUCUCUCUAACUACACUGUCUUUCCUCUCGCCGUUUGUCGCCUCACGCGUGGACCAGAACUUCGUAUGUGACUAUGAACAUUCUUGAAAGCCAGGUUGCAGAUAUCAACUACCUCGUGGACUCGCCCAUCACGCCCAUCUCGCCUGUCGCAAUUCCGCGCAUUAUGAACAGCCAACGCCAGUCGUCGAGUGCGGAAAGCCCUGCGGAAACAGGCAAUGGGAGCGGAAACAAGAGGAAGAACGACGAGACUAGCACCAGUGCGAAUGGAAAUACACAUACAAGGGCGAAGAGGAAUAGAUAUAUCUCCAUUGCGUGGUACGUCUACCAGUUUUUACUGCGGGAGCGGGUCUGGAUGCCGCGGCGCAUCAAAUUCAACAGAAAACAACAGCCAUAUCAGAUUACUGACCUCGGAUCUCCAGCAACGAGUGUAAGCGGCGCAAGAUCAAAUGUAAUGGAAACACGCCCUGCCAACGAUGCGGCAACCUCAAUCUAGAUUGCCAGUAUGCGCCGAACUGUUGCUCGAAUGGCUUCAAGGAGUCUGAAGAGUUCCGCCAAAUGAACGCACAUCUCGCCCAACUCCAGGAACAAGUAGAUAAUUUAUACGCGAAUCUCAAUGCUCUGCGAGCUGCCGGAGAUGGAGUCUCGUAUGUGCCGCCCUCGGAGACCUCGAUGUCAGUUCCGCCGCCCUUAUCUCCUUCUAACAGGUUCCGAUCUACACCGAAACACCCCUCCUUCCGCGGCCCGACCAGCUCUGCGUUCAGUCUAGAUGUCGCAAAGAAUACACUGCAUAAUAUGGGAUACCAGGGGCUUGGAGACGAGGGUGCAAUCACAUCCGAUGCUACCCCGAUUGGAUCUCCUCCACGAAGACAGAGUCAAGUUCCGACUAUCAGCAAUGGCAACCCAACCAAAGAUCCAAUAUGGUCACUGAGUAAAGAGGAGAUGAGCCGGCUGUGUAGGGUGUACGAAGAAGAAAUGGGCUUGAUGUAUCCGGUUGUGAACAUUGAGCAGGUUAUAAUCCAUGGGACGAAUCUGUACGACUUUAUCGAGGCGGCAGUAAGGAGCGGUCUAGUCAACCCUACACUCCCAGGACAGGGGAUACACGAUGAACAGUCUUUGGUAUUGAAAAUGGUUCUUGCAUGCGCCACGGUCACCGAGGGAAAUGGACAUAGUGAAAUCGGAUCCCGGCUCUUCGAAAGUGUCAGGGAGGCUGCAGACCGGGUCUUGCACAGUGAGACAAUUGAGGUCAAAAAUCUACCGUUUGUUGUACUUGUGUCGAUAUAUCACUUCCAUUGCGAUGAAGAGGCACUUGCUUGGAGAAUCAUUGGCCAAGUUGCUCGCAUGUGUAUCGAGCUUGGUCUACAUCGGCGCGAGUCGUUCUUCAAAGUGAUCACUGACGAGGAGGAGAGAGCAAACGCCAUCAAACUGUUUUGGUCAAUUUAUGUACUGGAUAGGAGGUGGAGUUUCGGGACAGGCAUGCCGUUUGCAUUACAAGAUGCAGACAUCGAUCCAAGCUUGCCCGAGCCUGAACUCAGCAUCCCUUACCUGAACGUCAUGAUCUCCUAUUCUCGCAUCGGAUCCAAAGUCUGGAAAUCCGUUUGCAGCUUCUCACCAGCACAUGGUCCAACCCUGAACUUAGACGAUGUCGGAUAUCUUGAUUAUCAAAUCCUCCAAUGGCAAAAGACCAUCCCACCAGAACUCCAACUCCCCACAGCCUCAUCAACGCAAACCUCCUCCCGCGCCAUCCACCGUCUCCAAAUCCUCCUCUACCUGCGCGCAAACCAAAUGCGCAUCCUUAUCUAUCGCCCUGUCCUCCACUCCGCCUCCUCCAUACAAGACCAUCCCCACUACGCCGAUACGGUCGUCGAGCUCGCCAAAGACACCAUCCGCGCACUCACGCACCUCAACCAAACCUCCGACAUCUACCGCGUGCAACAAGUCUGCUUCAACUACUUCCUCAUCUCCGCCCUUGCCGUCAUCUUCCUCGCCAGCUGCCACGCCCCAGUACAAUUCAGCGCCCUCUGCCGCGACGAAUUCUAUAUGGCUCUCGACCUCGUCAAAGGCUUCAGCACUAAAUCAUUCGUCAGCAAACGUCUCUGGAAAACUAUUAAAGGUCUUAAAGAAGUCGGUCCCAAGCUUGGCCUGAACCCGGAUAUUCGCAAUGGUCUCCAUCAUAAUGGUAUUCAUGAGGAUGAUGCGCAUUCAUCGGCUGCGUUGGCGAUGGCUGGUCUUGCGGGACACGAAAUCUCGGGGAUGGGUGUUGGUGUUGGGACAUACGGAGGGGACAUCGUGGCGAAUGGGAAUAGUCCUAUGAAUGGAUUUCAGAUGAGUACUGAGAUGACGAAUCUGUUUGAAGCGGCGCUAGGGAGCGUUGGUAUGAAUGGCGGAGGGAAUUCUGGGACGCCAUCAGCGGGCGGAGCGGGUGGGAGUUAUGUCCCGCUUGAAGAUGGCCUUGGUGGCGUUGGGAGUAAUGUGUUUGGUGGCGACGAGGAGUUGUAUCGCCAAUUGAGGGACUUGUUCUAGUUGAAUUGCGUGGAGGUUUUGCCUGUCCCAUGUGAGAGCAGGGAAAGAGUGCUUGCUAUGUUUAUGGAUAUAUGCUAUCAUUAUUAGCGACGCGAUAUAGAAAGUGCGACGUUUAUGAAAUAUACCAAUACCAAAGUAUAUCUCAAAUCAAUAUAGACAAGCCAAAACAAACAUCAUCCCAUAUAUUCACCCCCGAGUCAAUGCAUAUAAAACGCGCGCGUUGUUGCAAUCCACGUAC